UGAUAUAAACAAAUGACAUCUUGGUUAUAACUAAUUUGUCAAGUAAACUCGUGUAUUUUUUAUGUAAUUAAAUAUUAUAAAUAUCUUGAAAUAAAACAAAACUAAAUAUAAUUAAUUAAUAUAUUAGUUAAUCAUGUCGUUUAUCAUUCGAGGAAAUAUCCUAAAAAAUACUUGUCAUUUUGGUCUUAAUAAAUUAACAAAUGCUCCAAAAAUAUACCAAAAUAUUGCAAUAAAGGCAUUACAAACAAGAUUUUACAGUGAUGAUAAUGAGAAAAAUAAACUUGAAACAAUUUAUACUGGCAAGUUAACAAAUAAUGUAAAACAUAUUAAAUUUUUUUCAUUGACAACAUCAACAGUGGGACUACUAUUGCAACCUUAUUUAUUACCAAAAAUAAUGGAAAGUGGUUCAACUGCAUCAACUGUUAUGGCUGCAGUGAUGUUUGGAUUUUUCACAAUUUGUACACCAAUGUUGUUGCAUGUGAUAACACGUAAAUACGUAACAGACAUAAAACAUGAUCCAAUCACCAACACGUAUACUGCAACAACUUACUCUAUUUUUAUUCGUCCAAAAGUGAUUGAAUUUACACCAGCUGAUGUUGAACAGUGUGGCUUGGGACAAAUGAUGACAACUUGUUUUGUCAAAGGAAAACCAAUUUUUAUUGAUGCUGAAAGCUUCACAGAUGUCAAAUAUUUUGCAAAUAUCAUGGGCUAUGAUAAACCAAUGAAUUUUGAAGCAAUUAUUAAAAAAACCCAAGAUGUAAAUCCACCAAAACCAAAAAUAAAUUAAAUCAUUAAAAUAAAUUAA